AUGUCGUUGGUAGCCAUUUCGCUGCCGACUUUAUGGCUUGCACCUCCUCCAGGCUUUGCUGCUUCUUCACAUGAUCCCAACAUUGAACCUGCAUUUAUCGCUAUCAGUGCCAUUUUCGCUAGCCUUGUCGUUGUCCUUGUUGCAGUCAUACUUAGCAAGAAGAACAGAGGCAGUUUUCUUGAUGACACCAGUGAGCACAUAGAGCGAAUGGACAAGCACCUCAAGAUUAGUGGGCCACUGGAAGACGUACUGAGAAGGAACAAUGCAACAGACCACCAACCCAGACCAAGGCUAUGGUCAGGGUUUUCCAGUUCCAAUUCGGAUAUCGUUCGAAGAGAUCAUGAAGUCGAAGAUAAAGAAGCAGAAGCAGCAGCAGCAAGUAGAGGAGCUUUUGAACUAGCCAGCAAACCAGUUCGUACACCAAUCUUCCACAUUAUCGCACCACAUCCCCCAAACGCUGUUGGGCUCGAGGUCCGUCCGCGUUUAUUCUUACAAGGCCAUGGAUUGCCUACUCGAGAUGUUUACCUACCGCCACCCCGAAUUCCCCAGUCUGGUAACUACAGCGGCAGUAGUAGCAAGAACAAUGCGCUUCUGCAGACGCACUCUGCACAUACUGCCAGUCGACAUCCGCACUCCGAAUUCGGCGACGAUAGUACGGUCGUGGGCGACAAAGCCGAAGUCGAGACUCUGCGUAGCGAUCUGAAUUUUCCGGAUACAGACUCCGAUAAUGCAUCUUAUGACGAGAGGCAAUGGAAGCUAAUGGACAACAAGGCACUCGGCUUGCUAGGCAGGCACUGGGAGUGA